AUGGCUACCCCUAGUGUUCUAGUCUUUGAUGCUGAGGGUCAGGCUGUUGACUAUGAGUGGGCCACACUCGAUGCUGCUGUCCGUCUUGCUGUGCGUAGUCACUUGCCGUCCACUGAGCACGCGCACUUUAGUCAGUAUAAGAGUGCUAAGACCUUGUACGAUGCUGUAGUUGCACGCUACUCUUCCCCUGCCACUGCUGCCCUUAGCCGCCUCAUGCUGCCGUACCUGUUUCCUGACCUCGCCGCCUUUCCCACUGUCACUGACCUCGUUACGCACCUUCGCACUAGUGACACCCGCUACCGCGCUGCGCUUCCUGCUGAGUUCUGUGCCAAGAACCCCCCCCCCAUGUACAUCACCCUCUACUACAUAGUCACUUGGCUCCCUGACUCCCUUCCCUCGGUCAGGGACCACUUCCUCUCUGUUUGCCCCACCACACUCACCGUUGACCUCCUCAAGGAGCGCCUCCUGGCAGCUGAGAAGAGUAUAGUCGCUGUAGGAGCUUCUCGUGGUGACCCUCGUGCCCCCGUCUUUAAGGGGUGCUCCCCCUCCCCCCUUUUGCCCUCUGUUGCCUCUGCUGCUGCCGUCGACUUCGUUGGCACCGAGUCGGUCGGCGAUGCGUCUGCCCCUAGCGGGCGACGCCGCACUGGCAAGGGCAAAGGGGCAAGGGCGCUGGAGGGGCUGGCGGGGGCGGUGGAGGUGGCGGUGGAGGAGGCGGAGGGAGUGGGGGUGGUGGUGGGAGUGGUGGCGGGGGUGGGGGCUUCGGUGGCGGCGGUGGAGGCGGAGGCGGCGGCGGCAGUGGCGGUGGGAGCGGAGGAGGAGGCGGUGGCAGCGGUGGCGGAGGUGGCGGCGGAGGAGGUGGAGCUAGUCGGGGUGGCUCUGCGCAGCGUGGCGGCUUCGGUGGUGCGGGGUGGGGGUGGUGGUCCAUGUGCCUACGUCCUGCGUACCGGCGACCGCACUAGUGAGCCGUGCGGUGGCCCGCACACCACCCAGCGCUGCUUCGGCCGUCUGACGGACCCUUGGCGUCUCCAGUUCCCUGACGCCACUGAGAUCCCCCGCUGGGGCGAGCCGCUUAGGUCGAGGGUUGCUGUCUUUGAUCUCGAUUAUGAUGCCAUUCUUGCUGCCAUGUAUGUUGUGUCUACUAGUGAUGAGGGUGAUUGUUACCUGUGUGUUCCGCCUGACCCGGGCAUUGAGGCUGCUGCUCUAGGUGCUAGUGCGUCUGCUGCCCAAGGUGCUGGUAAGUCUGCUCUCUCAGGUACCACGUCGGCUCAGGCCUUACACACCUUCACCCUUGACUCGGGUGCUUCCCACUCCUUCUUUCAAGACCGCACCCCGCUUACGCCGCUUAGUCGGCCGGUUGCGGUCUCCCUGACGGACCCCUCUGGGGGUCCUGUCCUUGCCCACUUCUCCACUGUCUUACCGUGUGCCGCAGCCCCCUCUGGCACCCUGUCAGUCUGA